AUGUCUAACGCGACGUAUAACGAAUUAUGGAAAAACGCGCAAAUCUCUUUGGAAGAAGUCCUGCAAGUGGACGCGAAUUUGCAAAACGCGAAGCCGCAGAAGGAUCGCAAGAAAGCUCAUAAUUUGGUCACAGAGUUGUACGUGAAAUAUAUCAUGAUUUGCAAUAAAUUAGAACUGUGCUACGAUCAGAUAAUUCAGCCACAGAAGAGAAUGUUAAUAAGACGGUUGUUAGACUCGUGCAUCGGUAGAAUUUUAGAAUUGAAACACGAAUUGGUCGAGAUCGAUCUCUCGGAGUAUAGCUAUUUCGACGACGUCCUGACGAGAUUCAAUGUCACUCCUCAGGAGGUGGAAAUUCGUGUGCCUAAAUAUUUCAGACGCGAACGUUUGAACGAGAUCGAGGAAAAUCGAAGGUAUAUCGAAACUGUUUUAAAAAAUAUUGGCGCUUUGGACGGAGUAGUCGUGCCCAAAAAGAUAACCGAGGCGGAGGCUGUGAGACUUAUACAGGCUCAUGAACGGGCUAGACAAGGUCGACUGAGAUUUCAAUUUAUGAAAGAAAUUCGUCAAAUGAAAGAGAAAUCUGCGAUCAAAGCAGAGGCGGAGGUAAGAGACGAGACGAGCGAGAGGGCAGCUGUGAUAAAGAUUCAAAAAGUUUGGAGGGGAUACGUGACCAGGUGCAAAAUACGUAAAAGACGUCUGGAGGAGAUGUUGUUAAUCGGGAUGCUUCAACCGAGUCAAGAGAUAACAGAGAACGCUAGAAGGUGUGAAAAGAUCAAAGAGCAAAGACACGAGAAGCAAACGAAAUAUCAAGAAUUAUACGAGAACAUGAUUACAGAAACGAAGGAAAAGAUUCAUAAAGAAAAAAGUGCUAUAAUCGAAGAGAACAUAAGAGGCGAAAUACGAAAUUGGGUGAACACUUGUUUUCAGCAAACAGGAAAAAUUCCUGAUCUGCCGUCUGCGGAAAGCGGUGGUUCCAGAAUCAUAUUCAGUCGACAGGGAACCGAGAGUACGAUUAGCAAAUCUACAGUCGUGUCGUCGAAGGAGUCGAAGAGGUCGAAGAAGUCGAGAUCGAAAAAAGACAGCGACGCUGAACAGUCAGAAGAGGAGACCGAACAAGGCUUCAAACCGAUCCCUUCAAAUUUCUUAUCAGAAUUGACUCAUGCCAAUCAAGAGUAUCAGGAAGUGUGGAAAGACAAGGACGAAUCGAUGAACAUGGAACAAUUGCCAUACUUGGACAUGAUCGAAAACGAGAAAACCAGAGAGGUGGAGGACGAAGUCAGAGUCAUGGUCGAUCAAGAACUCAGAGACGACAUCGAAGCGUUGCAAAACGCGUUGGACAGGGACAAAGGUUUUAAGGGUAAACGCGGUAAGAAGCCUCAAAAGAGGGUGCGUCGUGGUGGGAAGAAGAAUAAAAAGAGAAAGGAGAAGGACUUGACUCCAGACAGGACGAAAGAAUCCUUGUUCGAGGAGCUACUGACUCAAGGGAUCAUUAAACUACAUAAAGAAACAUCGCUUACUGACUUUAAGGGAGAAAAAUCGUUCAUCAAUUAUGAUUUAAGGGAGAAGGGAAAAGAUCCCUUGCCGUCACUCGGAGACAUAAGACAGUUGAUAGCAGAAUACUGCAUUCUGCCUUUGGGAAAUGAUAAUCUCCGGGAAAUGACACCGCUGGUGAGAUCAGUACUGAUAGCUGGACCACAUGGCAGUGGUAAAAAAAUGCUAAUAAACGCAAUUUGCACAGAACUCGGAGCUACUCUAUUCGAUAUCACGCCAGCGAAUAUUGCUGGCAAGUAUCCCGGCAAGUCAGGAUUAAUUAUGCUCGUUCAUUUAAUAUCAAAGGUAUCGCGUUUGUUGCAACCAUCGGUGAUAUUUAUGGACGGCGCAGAGAAACCAUUUAUGAAAAAGAUUCCAAAGACGGACAAGACAGAUCCGAAACGUUUGAAAAAGGAUCUGCCGAAGUUAGUGAAGAAUAUUACAAACGAGGACAGAGUGAUCCUCGUUGGGAUUUCAAACUCGCCAUGGGAAGGAGAUCCGAAACUUUUGUAUCAAACGUACGACAAAGUGAUAUACGUUCCCAGGCCAGACUACGGGACCAUGUCUCUAAUAUGGAAGGAUUUACUGUACAAACAUUCUGGAAUUAACAGGCAUUUCGAUACGUCGGCGAUGGCUAAAAUUUGCGAUGGUUUCACUAUAGGAGAUGUACUAGCAUCGAUUAAUGAGGUCUGAAAGAAUUAUUAUCAUUAUGAUGUGAUGAGCACGAAACGAAUAGUACAAUUACGAACUCAUCCCUUGACACAUGGCGAACUGAUAAACGCGUUGAGCACGAGGGAUCCUGUUUACUGCGAAGAAGAAGAUGCGUUUUUAGCGUGGCUGGCGAAAACGCCGAUAUACCGCAAGAAGCAACGAGCCCUCGAACUGGAACGCCAGAAGCUGGAAGAGGCGAACGAGAGAAAGAAGAGAAAGGGGAAAAAAUCUUUAUGAUUGUACAUAUCUAUGUAUUUUUUUUCUAUGUGAAUUCGUCAGUUUAUGUAAGUAUGAUAUUAUAAUGUGUACAUCUCUGUCGCAAUCCGCUGACUGUGUGUUAGUUCUGAUUAAUAAUUACGGAUCGUAACUUCGUGUUAAGAUAACGAGCGAUUAAACGAAAUAUUCCGCGGUUAAUCGCGACUCCACUUAGAAUGAAUCAUUUUUAUCACUUCUUUUUCCACGCUGACAAGUUUGAACAUUGACACGAUUUUCAAUAUCGUUUCCAAAUUUAUUCAACGAGGAAAGAACUCACAUAAAUGAUUCACUUUAUUUUUUCAAUAUUUCAUUAUUCUCAUGGCUGGUUUAUGAAACAUGCUUUACUUAUAGCACGUAUUGUACAUAUUAUACUAGAUUACGUGAGCCUCUAAGGUCAGGCCGGACACAGAAAAAUAUCAUGCUAGUUUUAUUAUCGACAACUUGUAAUUGCUUUUUAUCGGGACGCAUAUAAUAAUAUGUAACUAUUAACUAGUUUAUGACUGUAAUAAUCUGACAUACUACUCUUUGAAAAAGGAGUCGACCUACGUACGAGUAGUACACUGUUUACGCGUUGCGAUCAUUACUUUGCAAAGAUUGUUCAAGUAUUGAAAGAUCAACAAUUUAAAUGAUGCCAGACGAAAAACUUUUGCACUCGUUUCGUUUAAUAGGCAGCUUAUACAACAACUCCUAUAAAUUCUGAUAUAAAUUAAAUUUUUUUCAUCAAAUCUGUGAAGUGAGAUGAUCGAACGAGUAAAUGUUUGCACAUGUAAUAAAUUGAAAAUAAAUAUUUAUU